AGCAGUUUUGUCGUCUACUCCCAUGAGUCGAGACUCGUCACCCUCAUCAUCCUCUUCAGCUGCGGCAGUAGCUUCCUCUUCCUCAGUGACGAAUCGAGUCAUCCUACAGCCCAAUAGGGAUGUUUGGGGAGCUCGAGGGGAGGCCGCCAAUCGGGUGGUCCGGCUUGUGGCAGCUGGAGGCGCCCUCAAGAGGAAUGUUAGGCGAAAACGAGAACCGUCCGCUCCUUCGGGCCCGACCAAGUCGGCAACAGUCGCUGGACGGAGUGGGGCCAAACGUCAGAAGAUGAGUAUACGGAACUCGAAGGUGCAUCCAAGCCCUUUGCGGAGAGGAGGCAGGGCGUUGGAGGAGGAGACGAUGGGAGAGGCUGGUUUAGAGUCUCUGAGUGAUGGAUCGGUGGGUGCAUGUGAGUGGGCAUCGGAGAGGAGCUGGAGUCCGACCAGACCGACCAAGGCAGGGGAUGACACGCACAAGGCUGAUGGAGAGGCAGCGGCUCCGAUGAGCUCCAGUGAAGUGGCCAACACUGCUGGGUCAUCUUCAUCUUCUCAAGAAGAGGGUGUAGCAUCAUCAUCAUCAGCAGCAACAUCCUCGCAGCUGCCGGUUGAGGCGGUCUCUGGAGUACACGAGUAUGUGUGGAAGCAUUUCCAAGGCAAUGGAGACGAUGAGAGGCUGGAGAUCAUAGCAGAAGUUGGACAGGUUCUCCUGGAGGAUGCUCAGAAAUAUGCGGACAAGAAGUCGAUGUUAGAGGAGUUGGCUGACUUGGAGCCUAUUAUAGGAGGCCAUGAGGCUGUUGAUGAGUUUGUAGACUAUCUUCUGUCUAUACGGCCGGGUGAAGUGGAGCCAGAGAAGGUGGAGGAGAAGAAUGUUACAGCAGAUGGUACAAAUGCUACUGCUGCGGCCGCAAGUGCUUCCUCUAUAGGAGACAACACUAAGAGGUCUACUCAACAAGGAAGGGAGGUGACUCUAGUGCCACGAGGAAGUCGCGAGAUGAUGAGCACUCAGCCACCGCCGCCGCCACCUCCUCCUAAUGGUGCUACAGCGUGGAGCUCCGUAAGCUGCUAUGGCGGGCAAGCUGCUGUACCUCCUCCGCCGCCGCCUCCACCACCGCCGCCGCCGCCGCCGUCGUCGUCUACGCCCUUUGAGAGGCGACGUGUACCAGCUGGUUGGGUAGCUGCAAGUCGAGGGUCGAUAGCACAAGGGGCAGGCUCUCGAUCUGCGUUGACGGGAAACCUCACGUACAACCCCUCGGGCUCCAUGACGGUGGUUGAGAAGGAGAAGCGAAUGGAGCUGGAGAAGAAGCGAGUUUUGUUGCAGUGUACGGAGAGUAUACGGAAGCUUCUGUCGAAGAUGAACGAGGCUGGCAUCACUGAGCGACAAAGGGAGAAGUAUAAGGUGAUGAUUAAGCGUAUCAAGGAGACCAUGGGCAGCCUGGAUAAGGGCCAUCAUACGAUUGUGCAUAACAAGUCGGCUACUGUAGCUACUGGUGCUUCCUCGACUGUGGAGCCGGCGGCGGCAGCGGCGGAUAGGAAAGUCCUCUUGCCGGCCCGAGUGAUGCAGUCACAUAACUUGCUCCCUGCUACUAGUGCUGGGAAGACCAUUAAUCAGGCGUCUCCCACUACUGCCAAGUAGUAGAAGUGCCUAUCUAUAUCAACGUCAAUAGCAAGGCGACAAGCGGCGGUUGAGGUCAUCUUGUAACAGCCUGAUACCAGCAGCAGCAGCCAGUAUGAGAUGGACCUAGACCUGGCGUUAUGUUCAUUAUAAUACCAUCAUUCCCAUUGUAUCUAUUAUUCUUCCAGACUUAAGCGACACUUACUCUGCAUUCUGACGACGAUCACUGGAGCAAUGUUGUGCAUGCGUGCAGAUUGCAAAGUUGUAUAUUUGUGUCCAUCACCACCAUCACCACCACGUACUGUCUUAUUUGCCUCACGUAGCUGGUCUGCGGCCUUAUCCUCUUCCAUCCUCUGGG